AUGGCGGAGACGAUGAAAGCAGAGACUUUGGCGGGAACUUGUGCUUUUGCACAAGUUGUGCCUCCUGCCCGCGAUGAAUUUCCUCUGCUGACAACCAAACGUGUUUUCUGGAAAGGUGUUUUGGAAGAGCUGUUGUGGUUUAUUAAGGGAUCCACAAAUGCUAAUGAACUGUCUUCCAAAGGUGUGAAAAUUUGGGAUGCCAAUGGUUCCCGAGACUUUUUGGACAGCCUGGGGUUCUCCAACAGAGAAGAAGGAGAUUUAGGCCCUGUUUAUGGCUUUCAGUGGCGACAUUUUGGGGCAGAAUACAAAGAUAAAGAUUCAGAUUAUUCAGGUCAAGGAGUAGAUCAGCUGCAAAAAGUGAUCGACACAAUCAAAACCAACCCAGAUGACAGAAGAAUCAUCCUGUGUGCUUGGAAUCCAAAAGAUCUUCCUCUGAUGGCCUUACCUCCAUGCCAUGCACUUUGCCAGUUCUAUGUGGUGAAUGGUGAGCUCUCCUGCCAGCUAUACCAGAGGUCAGGAGACAUGGGCCUGGGUGUGCCCUUCAAUAUUGCCAGCUACUCCCUGCUCACCUGCAUGAUUGCGCACAUCACCGGCCUGAAGCCCGGCGAUUUUGUACAUACACUGGGAGAUGCACACAUUUACCUGAAUCACAUUGAGCCUCUAAAAGUGCAGCUUCAGCGAGAACCAAGGCCUUUUCCAAAGCUCAAAAUCCUUCGAAAAGUUGAGACGAUUGAUGACUUCAAAGCUGAAGACUUUGAGAUAGAAGGGUACAGUCCUCAUCCUUCUAUUAAAAUGGAAAUGGCUGUAUAGGUGCAUUUAAAGGAGUUAUUUGAAGGAUAUUGUCAGUCUUUAACUGAUGCCCAGAUGAAACUUCUUUUUGCUCUAAAGGAAGAAGGAACUAAGUAUAAAAAAAAAAUCUCUUGGUGAUCAAUCAGUUUAUUUAUAAACUAUUACGGAUGUUGUCAGUGGGAAAUAAAUUGCUGGUUCUUAGCAGUAAAAGGCCUUGAUCUUGAUUAACUCUGAGAAUAUAUGAAAAUGCUAAGAUUAUGAAUAUGGUCAGAAGGUAAAAACUUAAUGCUCUUAACAAAAACAUGUACAUGCAUUUCAAUCCCAUUUUUAUGCAGGUCAGUCAGUGAAUUUCAAGAAUUAUAUAAGCUAUUCAUUCAAAUUUGAACGAGCUGAAUAAGCACCAUGAGUCAUAAAGAUAAUGUAUAAUGUGGUUAUGAACAUCUGAAGUUAUUUGUUUUAUAUAUUACUAUAAUAAAGUUUUCUGCAUUUAUCUGUGAUGUUUUUCCU